CCUAGAGGUGAGGGAAGAGUUUGAAGAAAGCGCCAUCGCCAGGGCCUUUGAUUUUUUGAUGAUGCUCCUCUUGCGUAUCCCUAGGCGCCACGAUGAUUCCGAUGAUCGUCUAGAAAUCCUUGGAUGAAUCAAAGAUUUCUUGAAUCUUUCGAGCAGCACAGGGGUUAUUCGGCGAUCGAUCGAUCGCUUUUUUCUGGAAUCUCGAAAGAUCGAGCGUGAUUCUAGCUUGCGGAGCAUUAAUGGCGAGAAUAUCGAUCGGGAGGGGGAAUGCGGCAGCGGCGGAAUUUCCAUCCGCCUUUUCCUUCGAUCAAGACGACGAUAUGGCAGAUCCAAGCUCCUUGUUCGAUUUCGAUCUGGCUCUCCCUCUCGGCGGGCAGGAUUUCCACCACCGGGCAUCGUCAGCGGGCCACCGGCCAUCGAAAUCCUCCUCCGAUUCCAAGGAUUUCGAUUUCAAGCUGUGCAUGUCGACUCCGGAUCUCCUCCAAGAUCCGGCCUCUUCCUCUUCCUUGCGGAGCACUCUCAUCUCCCCGGCCGACGAAUUGUUCUACAAGGGCAAGCUCCUCCCUCUCUAUAUGUCAGAGCGCCUCCAUCUCUCCAAGAAUGUAGGCGCGGAUUUGGAGAAAUCCAAGCCGCCGAGCAGCAGCGAUCACUCCUCAAUCGCGGUCUCCUGCUACCUCCACCGCGCCGGCGUCGACAUCAACAUGGUCCUGGAGGAGCCGAGUGACGAGAGCAGCAGGGAGAGCUCCAGGAAUUCUCGCGAGAAGGACUCCUCCUCGUCCGGCGGCGAGGAGGAUUCGUCAUCGUCAUCGUCCGGGCAAGCGGCAGUAGCGAAGAACUCCAACACGGGCGGCGGCGAGAGUGUAAGUGGUCGUUUUAGAUGGAGCCUUCUUUCGCUUGGUGGCGGUGGCGGUGGCGGCCAGAGAAGGAGCUCCAAAGUCACGGCCGGGGGAAAGAAUUCCUCCUCCUUUUCCACUGGCUGCGAUCAGCAAGGUGGUGGUGGUGGUGGUAGCAGCGUUUGCAAGUCGUGUGGGCAGAGGCAGGGAAAGUCCAUGACCGAGGCCCGGGACUUUUCUACGUGGGAGAGAAAAAGGUUUGACACAUUCUCGAGCUCGCCCCAUGCCGGUCUUCACGAAACCAGGAGCCGGGACAAGUUUUUUAUGCCGCGCCACAGCACUGGAGCGAUCUCCUCGGGUGGGUUUGACGCGCCCACCAACAAACCAGCGGCGGCGUAUCAAAGUCUUUUGAGGGCUAAAGAAUUCUGGCGAAAGUACUUGAAGCCUUUCAUCUCCAGGACGUCGCAGCAUCACAGGUCGUAUAUUAGGCCGCCAGAAGUUCCACUUCCAGUUGAUGGUCUUGGCGGCGGCGGAGGAUCCCCCUCUUUGUCCGACAAAUCUUCCACUUCUUCAUUGUUUUUCUCAUCCGGGGGUUUCAAGGGGACCAGGCAAAGGCCCAGCAGAUCGACCACUGUCACUCCGAUAGCUUCACCGACACACAGUGGCGUGCUCCUCGCGGUCCCGGCUCCAGUCGCGAAUGAUCACGAUGUGCAAGGGGCGAUCGCUUACUGCAAGCAAUCCCGAGCGAGCUGAGGAAAAGGUAGAAAAGAUAGAAAGGCAUCGCUGGAGGAAGAAAGAGUGGUGCCAUCUAUAGGUGGAAACUCUAUGUUUUAGGAGGGGACCAUGGCAUGGCUUCUUUACCUCAUGAUGCAAGCGUUCCAUGUGGAAGUUGCUCGCUCAAAGUGAACCAAGGAAGACCCCACUGUACGAGAAAUCGAAGCUCGCUCUAGCCACAGAGAAAGAAAAGAUGAGGAAGGAAAAAAGGGAGGAAGUAUUGCUAAGGACCACGGACAAGUUCCAAAGACUCUCUUUUUUUAUCUUUCUCUGUUUUCAUUUUGUUCCUUUUUCUCCCUUGAUUGAUCAAUGCCUGCAGCUGCAGGUCUGUUUCCUCCAACCAACGAAUUGUCCUGUGAGAUUUGCAGUCGAGCCAUCACCACAUUAUUUAGCUGCAGCAGCUUUUGUUGCUGUCCCGCGGCGGAGAUCCUUUUUAAUCUUUGAGGGACGUCGUCACUUAUCAUAUGCUGUACGCAACAGCGAGAGCACACUUGAGAGCACACCGGUGUUUAAAACUAAGUGUGCAGCCAGACCGCUGUGAUGGAGGAGUCGUCGGCCUCCCCGGCAUUGACACUACAGAAGACAACGAAAUAUGCAUUUCAUGUGCAGGGAAAGAGAUGUGCCAAGAAAGAGAUAUGCUCGGAAUUGACAAAUUAACAGCUCCAAGCAGAUUGUUGGGCUUGUAACUUCAGUGCUGCUGCGUGUCGAGCUUUUUAUCGGCCCAGCACAGCGACAAGAUGACAUGGGAGGGACGAGAUUAAGAGCGACCAACGUUCUCCUAAGCGGCCGAGAAAGAAGGAUUUUCAAAGGUUCUCUUCUGGAAAGCAUGGAAAUAUCCCAGGCGGCGGACACGAUUGGUGGUGGCAGUACCUCGCUCGAUCACGGACUUGUCUCAUCGUCCCAACGCAAAAGCUGCCUCACACUCUCUCCCGUGAAAGGAAGGAGACGUAAGGGCGGAGCGCUUGAAUUUACGUGCCAUUUGCGAGCCAGGCAAGCAUCCAAAACGUCGGAAACGACAGGGGGAGCAUGGAAGUCACUGCAGCGUGGCCGUCGUGCCCGUGGAAUCGCGAUCUUCGUCCGGCUCAAACAGAAUCAAUCUCUCGAAUCUCGUCGACGCUGCUGCUGCUCCCUCCGAUCGAUUCGAUGGAAAAGCCGAGAAGACGAAGAAGAAACAGCACAAGCUCCGCGCGCUCGAUAUUUUCAUGCAUCGCUCGUCGUGUUGCCGAUCGUCUUCUCGGAAAGAUUUGCCAGCAAUAACUGAAAAAUCUCGGCGUAAA